AUGAGUUCCAAUGAGCAAAGAGAGAAUGAAGACACCUCCAGUGAAUCCAGAAAGAAGGAACUGGGAUCAGAAUCUGCAGGACCCAGCAGCAGUGUGUCUAUGAAGAGAACACAAUCCAUAACUAGACCCCCUUCAUUAAGUGAUGGAACAGAGGCCUCUGCCCCAGAGAGUGUGGAGAAAGAUAAUAGAUUUGCAUCCCACAAUCAGACCCACAUCAGGGAGGAAAGACCUGAAGCAGUCCUGCAGAGAGUCAAAGACCAACACAAAACCAGUAUAAAGAACAACUGUAAUGACAUCUUUAAACCAUUACCUGAACCAGGAUGUGAAGAGAAAGAGAAAAUCAAGACUGUUUUUACUAAAGGCAUCGCUGGAAUUGGAAAAACCGUCUCUGUGCAGAAGUUCAUUCUGGACUGGGCUGAGGGAAAAGACAAUCAGGAUAUUUACGAGGAGUGUAAAGUUGUGUUCAUCCUAGAUGGUCUGGAUGAAAGCAGAAUCACACUGAUGUUCUCAGAUGAUGAGAAAGUUUGUGAUGUGAACGAAUCUUCAUCAGUGGGUGUGUUGAUGUCAAACCUCAUCAGAGGAGAGAUGCUUCCCUCUGCUCUUAUCUGGAUCACCUCCAGACCAGCAGCAGCCAAUCAGAUCCACUCCAAUUACAUUAACCGUGUGACAGAAAUUCAGGGAUUUAAUGACCCUCAAAAAGAGGAAUAUUUCAGGAAGAGAAUCAAAAUCCCUGGAACUCUGACUGAAAUGUACAUCUACUUCUUGCUGAUUCAGAUUAAGAGAAAGUCUGAUGAAAGAGAUCCAGAGAAACUCCUAAAGUCCGUCAGAGAAGCGAUUGUAAAACUUGCUGAAGUGGCUUUCAAUCAGCUGAUGAAGGGCAAUGUGAUGUUCUAUGAGGAGGACCUGAUUGAGAGCAGCAUAGAUGUCACUGACGCCUCAGUGUUUUCUGAGAUUUGCACCGAGAUCUUUAAGGAAGAAUCAAUGAUUCAUCAGAGGAAAGUCUACUGCUUCAUUCAUCUGAGCGUUCAAGAGUUUUUUGCUGCUUUCUAUGUGUUUUAUUGCUAUUUAAGCUGCGCAAUGAAAGCUCUGAGGGUUUUUGAUUCAAUGCACAAUUUGCAUAAAGGGGCAGUAGAUAAAGCUUUAGAAAGUAAAAAUGGACACCUGGAUCUGUUCCUGCGGUUCUUGCUGGGCAUCUCACUGGAGUCCAAUCAGAGACUCUUAGGGGAUCUGCUGACACACACAGAAAACAGCUCAGAGAGCAUCAGUAAAACCACAUUUAACAUUAAAGAGAAGAUCAAAGAUGGAAAAGCAGUCUCCACUGAAAGAUCCAUCAAUCUGUUCCUCUGUCUGCUGGAAGUGAAGGAUCAGACUCUGUCUAGAGAGAUUCAGGAGUUUCUGAAAUCAGAAAAACAUUCAGAGAAGAAACUCUCUCCAACUCACUGCUCAGCAAUCGCCUACAUGCUUCAGAUGUCAGAGGAAGUGCUGGAUGAGCUGGAUCUCAAGAAAUACAACACAUCAGAUGAAGGUAGAAGAAGACUGAUAUCAGCUGUGAUCAACUGCAGAAAAGCUCUUCUUCCUGGCUGUAAUCUCAAUGUCCAACAUUGUGAGAUAGUGACAUCCGCUCUACAAUCGUCAAACUCUGUCCUUAGAGAGCUGGACCUGAGUAACAAUGACUUGCAGGAUUCAAGAGUUAAGCUGCUCUCUGAUGGUCUGAAGAGUCAAAACUGUAAACUGGAGAUACUGAGGUCUUUAGAACAUCACACAUUCAUAAAUUCUCAAGAUUCCUCAAGGCAACAGGUCUUUAAGAUCAGUUGUCACCAAACACUUUCCCUCUUUCUGCCCAGUUAA